AGAUCAGUCUUGUCCAUCUCCACCCAGCCCUAAGCCCAAUCUCAGUCCCAAAAAAAAAAAUCCGACCUUUCCAAUCCGCAGUUCCCUCUCUCAGAUCCGAUCGAAUUCUCUGCAAAUUCCAAACCCUUGAAACAACAAAACAACAACAAUGGCUUCAACCUUCAGCGGCGAUGAAACGGCACCAUUCUUCGGCUUCCUCGGCGCUGCAUCUGCCCUAGUUUUCUCCUGUAUGGGGGCUGCGUAUGGGACAGCGAAGAGUGGCGUUGCAGUGGCGUCAAUGGGUGUGAUGAGACCAGAGCUUGUGAUGAAGUCGAUUGUUCCAGUGGUUAUGGCUGGUGUGUUGGGUAUCUACGGAUUGAUUAUUACUGUGAUCAUCUUUCUAAGGUAGAGAAAGGGAUGAUGAUGUUGUGAAGUUGUUUUGAUGAUGAUGUUGUUUUGAUGAUAAUGUUGUGAUGUAAAAAGAGGACUAAAUGGUGCAUAAGAAAACUUAUAGGACUAAAUGGUUUAACUUUCUACUAUAUAGGAUUUACUGGUAAUUUU